AUGAGCCCUGUCGGGGAUGCCCUCAGGACCAGGUGCCGUCAGUUCCCGUCCCUCACAAGCUGCACCACCAUAGACUGGUUCCACCCCUGGCCAGCAGACGCCCUCGCCAGCGUCGCCGAGAGGGCCCUGUCCGCCGUCCACGUGCUGUCGGCUGGCCGCGACGGCGCCGACGGUGAUGGUGCCGGCAGCCUGGUGCGGGCGGCGGCGACGCUGGCUGUGGAGGUCCACACCGGGGUGCAGGCGGCUGCCGAGCGCUACAGCCAGGAGCUGCGCAGGAGGUAUUUCGUUACCCCCAAGGCCUACCUGGACUUCCUGGCACUGUACGCAUCCCUCAUGGAGCGCCAGGGCGCGGAGCUGGGCGCGGCGCGUGGAAGGCUGCUUGACGGCAUCGCGCGGCUGCAGGACACUAAUGAGGCGGUUGACCGUAUGCAGCGGCAGCUGAAUGAUCUGCAGCCCCUGCUCGAGCAGAAGCGGGCGGCGGCGCAGAAGCUCCUGGAGCAGGUUUCGAAAGAGCAGGCAGACGCAAACGCGAUCGCGGCGGUGGUCGCGGCCGAGGAGUCCGAGGUUGCGGCACGCGCGGCGCAGACGCAGGCGCUCAAGGACGAGGCGCAGGCGGACCUGGCAGCUGCGUUGCCCGCGCUGGAGGCCGCCAUCAAGGCCCUUGAUGCCCUGAACAAGGCUGACAUCAUUGAGAUGAGGACCUUCAUUAAGCCGCCCACCCUGGUGCACCUCACGAUGGAGGGAGUGUGCAUACUGCUGCAGGACAAGGGUGCUGGCGAGGAGUUCUCAUGGGACGCGGCGAAGCGCGUGCUGAGCGACGCCAACUUCAUCAAGCGGCUCACAGAUUUUGACCGCGACAACCUGCCAGAGAGGGUUGUGCGCCAGCUGCAGCGCGUCAUGGCCGACCCCACGUUCACCCCAGAGCAGGUCGGCAAGCAGUCGCGGGCGGCCAUGAGCAUCUGCUGCUGGGUGCGCGCCAUGGACACCUACGCCGCCGUGUACAAGAUGGUUGAGCCCAAGAGGCUCGCGCUGGCAGCAGCACAGGCUGCGCUGGACGCGAGCAACGCGGUGGUGGCUGAGAAGCGCGCCAGCCUCUUGGCCAUCCGGGAGAAGGUGGCGGCGCUACAGAGGCAGCUGGCGGACACGCAGGCGGAGAUGGCGUCGCUGACAUUCCAGGCCGACCUGAGCCACCGCCGGCUGGGCCGCGCGGGCAAGCUGACCGCGCUGCUGGGCGACGAGAUGGCGCGGUGGCAGGGGACCGCGGACGCGCUGGGGGCACGCCUGGCGCUGCUGCCAGGGGACGCGCUGCUGGCGGCUGCGUGCGUGUCGUACACCGGCGCGUUCACAGGUCCGUACCGCCAGGACUUGCUCCAGGGCUGGCUGGGCCGCUGCGCAGAUCUGUGCAUCCCCGUCACCCCAACCUUCAGCCUCGCCGCCGCGCUGGCGUCCACGGUCGAGCUGCGGGAGUGGCUGGCUCAGGGCCUGCCCUCCGACAGCGCGAGCGUCGACAGCGGCGCGCUCGUGGCGCGGGGCGGCGGGCGGUGGCCCCUCAUCAUUGACCCCCAGGAGCAGGGCAGCUCGUGGAUCAAGGCCAUGGAGGGUGCCAACGGCCUGCGCGUCGUCUCAGCGUCAGCGCCUGCACUGCUGCCAACCCUGGAGGCUGCCGUGCGUGCAGGGCUGCCCGUUUUGGUGGAGGACGUGGGGGAGGCCCUCGACCCUGUGCUGGACCCCCUCCUCACAAAAGCCACCUACCAGCAUGGCCCUAGGACCAUGAUUCACCUGGGGGAUUCUGAGGUUGAGUAUGAUCCGAAAUUCAGGCUGUACCUGGCCACGCGGCUGCCCAACCCCCACUACCUGCCUGAGGCCUGUGCAAAGGUCAACCUGGUCAACUUUGCAGUCACAAGAAAGGGCCUGGAGGACCAGCUGCUGGGGGAGCUGCUGCUCAGGGACCGCCCAGAGCUGGAGGAUGCACGCGACAGGCUGGUGGUGUCCAUAGCUUCUGACAAGCGGCAGCUGCAGGAACUGGAAGACAAGGUGCUGCGGCUGCUGAGGGAGUCCAGCGGCCACCUGCUGGAUGACGAGGCGCUCAUAGCCACCCUCAACAACGCACGCACCACCAGCGGCGUCAUCGCCACCCGUGUGCGCGAGGCCGAGUCGACGGAGGCCACCAUUAACGCCGCCCGCGAGGGUUACCGCGGCCCUCCGGCGCGCGGCGCGACGCUGUGGUUUGUGGUGUCAGACCUGCCGGGCCUGGGGCCCAUGUAUCAGACAAGCCUGCGCGCCUUCAAAGCCAUGUUUGUACACUGCAUAGCGGCCGCGACCACUCCUGGUGCGAGCGCGCCAGGGGCAGCGGCGCGGCUGGCGGCACGGCUGGCAGGGCUGACCGAUUACCUGACUUCGUACAUCUACAACACUGUGUGCCGUGGGCUGUUUGAUGACCGCAGGCUGAUCUUUAGCCUUCUCAUAGCCACUUCAAUCCAGCGGGCCGCCGGCGCAAUCAGCCUGGCUGAGUGGCGGCACUUUGUGAGCAGUGGCGCCAUCACGACUCCGGCCGUACCAGCUGCUUCUGAGCGGCAGACCGGGCAACAGCAAGCAACUGUCAGCUACCAUCGUCAUCAUCAUCAUCAUCAUCAUCAUCAGCAGCAGCAGCAGCAGCAGCAACAGCAGCAGCAGCAGCAGCAGGUUAACCUGGAGGCACCUUCCUGGCUGCCGCCGCAGGCUUGGGCAGCACUGCUAGCGCUUGACGCAUCUGUGCCAGCAUUUUGCGGCGCGUCGCACGCUCUGGUCGCAGCUUCAGUCUCAGAUGGAGCUGGUGGGGAAACGGCGCCGCCUGCUGUGGCGGCUGUGUUGAGUAGCUCUAAUCCCUUUGUAGCGGCCGGGACAAACGACCUCGCAAGCUUGUGGCGGCAACAGCGAGGUAUGCAGUCGUCAGAGCAAACAGAGCGUGGCCACCAACAACAGCAGCAGCAGCAGCAGCAGCGGCAGCAGGAGCAGGAGGCGCCAGGCCGGGAGGAGAGCCGAUCCCUGUCACCGUUCCAGCGGCUGCUGCUCGUCCGCGCGCUCCGUGAGGACGCCCUCUGCCCCGCCUUCGCGUCAUACACCUCCGGCCAGCUGGGCCCCGACUUUGACCCUACAUCAGCCGCCUUGGGAGGCCAAAGGGACGGCCUAUCUGCAGCCCUAGCAGACAGCUCCCCAACAACGCCGCUCGUGCUGGUGCUCGCGCCUGGUGCCGACCCACUUGCCGCGCUGUUGCGGGCGGCGGACGCGGCCGGGCGCGCGCCGGGGCGCGGGCUGCAUCUGGUCAGCCUUGGCCAGGGGCAGGGGCCCGUGGCGGAGGGCCUGGUGCACUUGGCGAUGAAGGCGGGAGACUGGGUGUGCCUGCAGAACUGCCACCUGGCGCGCUCCUGGAUGCCGCGCCUGGAGCAGCUCGUCACGGCGGACCUCCCCGCCGCCGCGUCCUCCCACGACCCCGACCAGCGGCCCCACCCCGACUUCCGGCUCUGGCUGACAUCAGCGCCGUCGCCAGACUUCCCGGCGCCGGUCCUGCAGGCGUCGUCAAAGGUGGCCCUCGAGCCGCCGAGGGGCGUCCGCGCGCGCGCGCUGCGCGCCCUGGCGUCGCUGCCGGCCGCGUGCUGGCCGAGCUGCGACGCCGCGGGGCGCGGGCCGGAGUGGCGGCGGCUGCUGCUGUCGGGCGUGCUGCUGCACGCGGUGGUAUUGGAGCGGCGGCGGUACGGCGCGCUCGGGUGGACCCGGCCAUACGAGUUUUCGGACGGCGACCUGUCCUGCAGCCUAUCCACCCUGCAGCUGUCCCUGCAGGACGGCGGCGCCGCGCGCCGCCGGCAGCCGGCGGACGCCGAGCGCGGCGGCGCGGGGAGUGCGGCGGCGGCAGCCGCGGCCUCGACGCCGUCCUCGCCGGCGGCGGGCGCGCUGCACUCGUGGGUGCCAUGGGAGGGCCUGCGGUACCUGACGGGUCAGAUCAUCUACGGCGGGCGGGUCACGGCCGAGCACGACCGGCGGCUGCUGGCGGCCCUGGUGGGGCGGCACUUGUGCCCCAGAGCGCUCGCCCCAUUCGCGCGGCUGGCAGAGGGCCUGGAGCUGCCGCCAGACGGCGAUGCAGCCUCCUUUGAUGAGCAUCUGCGGUCCCUCCCCGCUGUGGACGACCCACGCAUCUUUGGCCUGCACCCCAAUGCCAGCAUUGCGUUUGGCCGUCAGGAAGCACGGCGGGUGCUUGAUGCAAUUGUGUCGUUGCAGCCGCGGGCCGCACCUGAAGCGGCCCCGCAGCAGCAGCAGCAGCAGCAGCAGCAGCAGCAGCAGCAGCAGCAGCAGCAGCAAAAAGAACAGCAGGAGCAGCAACAGCAAAGCAGCAGCGCAGCCCCGCAUGCAACCACAGACGAGGGUGCCCUGGCGGCACGAGUUGAGGAGAUGCUCUCAAGCCUGCCGGCCCCCCUUGCACGGGAGCGUGCGAGUGUGCUGCAUGACCCGUUCGCGCCACUGGUCGGCGGCGGGGUGAACGCCCUUGGGACUGUGCUGGCGCAGGAGAUGGGCAGGCACAACACUUUGCUGUCGGUGGUGUCCACGUCGCUGACCACCCUGGGCCAUGCUCUUUGCGGCCGGGAGGUGAUUGGCGGAGAGCUGGAGGCAGUGGGCGCAUCAAUCGCGCGCGGCCAGGUCCCGGCCCUGUGGGCGCGCGCCGCCUACCCGAGCCGCAAGCCGCUGGGCGGGUGGCUGCGGGACCUGCACCGCCGCUUCGCCGCCCUGGACGCUUGGCUCACAGGAGGCGAGCCGCGUGCCUUCUGGCUGCCGGGCCUGUUCCAUCCGCGGGGCCUCGUCACCGCCGCGCUGCAGAACCACGCGCGGCGGCGGCGGCGGCCUGUGGACGCAAUGGCGAUGGCGCACCGCGUGCUGGCGAGCGCCGAAAUUCCCGAAGCUGGAGAGCGGCGCCCCGCGGCGGCAGCCGGGGAUAGCGGCGGCGCCAAUCGCGGCGUUGGGGAUAGUGGUGGCGGCCGCGUCGAGGCGGAGGGGGCUGUGUAUGUGUACGGGCUGUCCCUUGAGGGGAUUGCCAUUGCCGACGCCAUCACCAUGGCUGUCUUCAUUGUGUUCUGCACGCUGCUGCGCGCCUGGUCGCGGCGUUUUGCCAAGGAGGUUGACGCCCAUACGGUGGAGGUGGCUGACUAUACAGUGGUGGUGAAGGGGCUGCCAGAAGUCGAGCCGACGGAGGUCGGGGCGUACUUCUCACGCUUUGGUCGGGUGAUGGACGUGGUGCUGGUCAAGGAUUUUGGCACGCUGCUCAGCCUGGCUGGGCAGGCGACACUCCUGGGGCAGCAGCACGCGGCUGCAGGGGAAAUGCUGGGACGCCACUUCGCCCGCGCCUACCAAAAGCGUGUGGUCAAGGCCGAGAAGAAGCUCAAGGACUUCAUGGUGGAAGCUGAGGAGGUCAUCGACAAGGCGGGGUGUCCUACAAAGGCGAUAUUUGUCACCUUCAGCACACAGGCAGAGCGCGCCGCCUGCGAAAAUGCAUGCCCAAAAAGUUGGCUGUCGUCUUUCUUCCAGCACCGAGAUGUACGAUUUUUGGGUGCUUUCGGCUUUUGGGUGGAGCAAGCAAAGCCCCCUGAGGAUUACAUUUACGAGAACCUCAGCUUUGACCGGUUCAACCGCUGGUGCAGGCUGCUGCUGUCCCGCGCAGUGGUGGUGGCGGUCCUGCUGCUGUGCGCCGUGGGUGUGACCAAGCUGAUGAAGAUGAGCCGCGACUCAGCCACAAAGAUUGUGUGGCGCCAUGACCUACUCAACGAGCAGGUGUCUGCAGCGCUCGCCCCCCUCCCCGCCACUACCAACUCCUCCUGGACCACAAGUGCUGCGGCGGACGCAUCCUUUUCAAACGGAUAUGUCCAGGGCGCCGGCGACUUUUGCGCUGCUGAAUUGGAGGGUGUCUGCUCCCAGCAGUGGUCGUUGAUGCUGGACUCUACAGUCAAUUUCGCACUGACCAAGCAGGUGGAGUGGUCCCAGACGGCAGCCCGCUUCCUCAAGCAGGACAAGCUCAUCUCCAGCAUGUCUGCUUGUGCUAAGAAGGGCGCGGCGUGCGCCCUGUCCUCGUGCUACCCCUGCUACUGCGGCGGCCUCGCGGCCGUCGAGGCUCAGUAUGCGGGCGAUGGCGAGUGGCUGGACUCUGCCAAGCACCAGUGUGAUGUGUAUGUUGAUUCGUUCGACUGGAGGAGCCUCAGCAUCAGGGCAGGGAUCUCCGUGUUUGUGGUUGUGAUCAACUUGGUGCUCAAGCUUCUGCUGCAGCUGCUGGUGACGUUUGAGAAGCACUGGACAAAGAGUGACAAGGAGCGCGCAUACGCAGUGGCUGCCUUUGUCAGCCAAUUGCUAAAUUCCGUGCUGGUGCUGCUGCUGGUCAAUGCAAAGAUGGACUCUGUGAGCCGCGCCAUCAACUCUGGCCUCACGCGCUCUUCCAGCCCUGGGGGCCGGUGGUUCCAGAACCUCAUCCUCGCCGGUUCCUACAGGGACUUUUCACCGGGCUGGUACGAGAAUGUUGGCCUCUCAAUCUUCAUCGUGGCCGUCCUCAACGUGGUCCUCACCCCCGGCUUUGCCAUCGCGUUCUGGCUGCUGCGCAAGCUGAAGCAGCGGUGCCUCACGCGCUGCGUGCAGACGGCGUCGCAGGACAUGUACAAUGGUGCAUGGAUAGGGGAUGAGUUCCUGCUGGACUACCGGGUGUGCGACCAAAUGCUGAACCUGUGGCUGCUGCUGAUGUUUGGCUCGGGGAUGCCGCUGCUGUACGUGAUCGGCCUGGUGUGGCUGGUCGUGAUAGAGCUGGCAGACCGCCACGCGCUCACCCGCCUGUGCCGGCGGCCCGUCAGAUACGGCCCGCGACUGCCCUACCUGCUGCUGGACGUGCUGCCCUGGGCGGCAGCGUGCCACUGCGCGUUUGGGCUGUGGAUGCACACCUACUUUGCAACCGAGGGCGGCAAUCUGUCAUCGCUGGUCAGCGCUGACAGCUCCAGCGCGCUCGUGGCAUACGUGGCACGCAGCUUUGUGUGGGCGCGCAUCACGCAGGUCAACGGCCUGCCGCUGCUGUGCCUGCUGCUGGUCCACGUCCUGUUCUUCUUUGUGCUCAGUGGCCUGGUGUAUGUCGUCGUUGGGCGCACCCUCGAGGCCCUCUGCGGCUGCAAGAUUAUCGCCUGUGCCAGCAGCGGCGGCAGCGAGAUGCUUCACCAGCCCGUGUCCUUUGGAGACGCCCUCGCAGGCAGCGGCGGCAUCAAGCUGUGUGGAACUCCCACGUACCGCAUGCCGCGGCACCCCAUGUACAAGGACAUGUUUGCCAACCCCAUGUACAAGCCGCUGUGGUUCAAGGCCUUUGGCCUCUCCUGCUACACCCGGCUGGUGUCGCGCAAGGGUGGUUUCCUGGUGACGGUCGACCCGGUGCUGCAGCACCGCACCGAAGACCUCGAGGAGACGAUAGCACAGAUGUCUCCCGAGCUGCAGGCCGCGGUGCGCAAGCUGGCCGAGGGAGGCGACGAGGGAAGCCUGAUAUCCAAGGUGCGGGGGACAGCGGCGUCUGCCAUUCUGCUGGUCAACUAG